AUGGCGAACAGUGCUUGGAUAGAAGCUUACCCAUCUGGAAGAUGUGAAUACCUACACUUUGAAGGCUCUGACCAUAGACCCAUCAUCACGUUCUUUUACCCUACGAAGAACAAAAGGAAAGGCUUAUUCCGAUACGAUAGAAGCCUAAGGAAUAAUGAAGAGGUCAAACUUAUCGUGGAGAAAGCCUGGAAGACUUACCCUAAUGCUAACAUUGAUCACCGCAUUUCAAACUGCCGAAGAGCCAUAAUCCAGUGGCACAGGCAAAACCACCGGAACAGUCAACAAAGGAUUGAAAUGAAAAGGAAAGAAUUAGAAGAGGCAAUGAGCAGCAAUGUUAGUAGUGAUAAUCUAAUCUUCCAGAUCAACAAAGAGUUAAAAGAAUCUUACCAAGCUGAAGAGGAGUAUUGGAGGCAGAGAAGCAGACAAAUGUGGCUCAGCCUGGGGGAUAAGAAUAGUGGAUACUUUCACGCAGCUACAAGGGGAAGGAGAGCAAGAAAUAAUAUCUCAGUCAUUGAAGAUGAGAAUGGUUCACCUGUGUAUGAGGAAGAGAGCAUAGGAAAAGUCAUUACCAGUUAUUUCGCAGACAUGUUCACCUCCGAGAACGGUGAUAGAGCGGAAACGGUGAACCAGAGCCUAUCCUCGAAAAUAUCUGAGGAAACCAAUGCAAAACUCAUACAGAUUCCAACUCCAGAGGAAGUAAGUGCCGCAAUCUUCUCAAUACAUCCGGACAAAGCACCGGGUCCGGAUGGAUUCUCAGCAAGCUUCUUUCACUCAAACUGGGAAACGGUUGGAAAGGAUAUAAUCCAAGAAGUCCAGCUCUUCUUCACAUCUGGAAUCCUCCCACGAGCGAGACUUCAUCCGAUUCUGAACGAACUCGUAUCCGAAAACCAAUCCGCCUUUGUCCCUGGAAGAGCCAUUUCGGACAAUGUGAUGAUCACGCACGAGAUUCUCCACUUUCUAAAAAUUUCAAAAGCAAAGAAGAGAGGUGCAAUGGCUAUAAAGACUGAUAUGACUAAAGCCUACGAUAGAGUGGAGUGGGAUUUUAUCAAGCUAGUUCUAGAGCGUUUGGGUUUUCAUACCAAGUGGAUCGGAUGGAUCAUGCAGUGUGUGACCUCGGUUACAUUCCAAUUCCUCAUUAAUGGCACAGCAGUAGGAUUUGUACAGCCCUCCAGAGGAAUACGCCAAGGGGAUCCACUAUCUCCUUAUUUGUUUAUUCUCUGCAGUGAGGUGCUCUCGGGACUCUGUCACAAAGCACAAGCAAAUGGUCAAAUUACAGGAGUGAGGAUAGCUACAAGAGGACCUCAAGUGAAUCACUUACUGUUUGCAGAUGACACGAUGUUUUUCUGCAAGUCUAAUGAGAAAACAUGUGCAGCUCUUAAAGAAGUACUCCGAAAGUAUGAGGAAGCAUCAGGCCAGAAAAUAAGCUGCCAAAAAUCAGUAAUCACGUUCUCAAAGCAGACACCAGAAUACGUGAAACGAAGAGUUAAGAGAGACUUGGGAAUUAAUCAGGAAGGAGGACAAGGAAAAUAUCUCGGACUACCAGAAGCCUUUGGUCGGAAAAAGAAGGAUCUUUUUAACGCCGUGGUGGACAGAAUACGACAAAGAGCAAUCUCCUGGUCUUCAAAACAACUCUCAUGCGCUGGGAAGCUGGUCAUGCUCAAAUCAGUCCUCUCCUCGAUGCCAACUUACUCAAUGUCCUGUUUUAAGCUCCCUGUCAAGCUAUGCCAAAGAAUUCAAUCAGUCCUCACUUGUUUUUGGUGGGACGCAAACGAUGGAAAAAGGAAAAUGUGCUGGAUAGCUUGGGAUAAACUCACCUUGGGGAAAAGGGAAGGUGGUUUGGGCCUCCGAGACAUCCAAAGUUUUAAUGAUGCACUCCUCAGUAAACUAAGCUGGCGCAUUCUCUCAAAUCAACAGUGCCUACUAGCAAAGAUCCUCAAAGGCAAAUACUUCCCAAACACAAGCUUCCUAGAGUGCGAAGCUUCUGAAGGAUCCCACGGCUGGAAAGGAAUAACCAUAGGGCGAGAUCUGUUAAAAGAAAAAUUGGGAAGAGUCAUUGGAAAUGGAAAAGCAACAUGCGUAUGGGAUGACCCCUGGUUAUCGACUAAAGAGCCUAGACGACCUAUGGGACCAGCACCAGAAUUAGCGAAGAACCUAAAAGUAGCGGACUUAAUGCUAGCUUCAGGCGAAUGGAAUGAAGAGAAAAUCAGUGAAAUCUUACCUCUACACAGAGAAGAAAUCCUCUGCAUAGUCCCUGGCUCCUUUGACAAAGAGGAUAAACUCGCAUGGCUCCCUCAAGAUUCAGGAGAGUACUCUGUGAAGUCCGGAUAUUACACGGCGAGAGCCCGGAAAUUCCCAGAUAAUCUCCCUACAACAACAACGGAAUUUAACUGGAUUACAGAGGUAUGGGAUGGGAAUUUUGCACCUAAAUUAAAAAUCUUUUUGUGGAAAGCGGUUCAAGGAGCGUUACCAGUGGGAGACAACUUAGCAAUCCGAGGAAUGACCUUCCAAGCCGCUUGUAUCCAUUGUGGACGACCCGAAUCCACACUUCAUAUGCUUUUUCACUGCAAUCUAGCACAAGAAGUCUGGAGUAUGGCCCCGUUUCGAAACCAAAUCUCCUCAGGUGGAAUCAUGAACCUCAAGGCCGGGAUCAAGGUGUUGAAUGUAUUGAUUAGUUUACCUCCGAUGGGACUUAGAACAGGGACCUUGGCGCCUUGGAUCAUGUGGAGCAUCUGGAUGAGCAGGAACAAUAGAAUCUUCAACAACAGAACCGCCUCGGCUCAAGAAACCCUAGAUCUAGCACUGAUAAGGGCACGCGAAUGGCAGGAAGCCCAAGAGAAGCCGAUCACCGGUAAAUUGAAGAGCAGAUCUACCAGAGCACCAAUUCCACCGAGGUUUAUCCGCUGCCAGACAGAUGGGGCUUGGAACGAACUCGAGAAAUCAGGAGGAAUGGCCUGGACCUUCCACCACAGCAACAACCAGUUAAUUACUCAGAGAGCAAUCGCAAGGAGGAACAUCGCUUCCCCGUUGAUUGCAGAAGGCUUGGCGAUCCGCAACGCGCUCGUACACGCCCUCGAUCUUGGUUUCACUUCUCUGCAUGUGGCUUCAGACUCACAGCAGAUCAUCAAGGCGAUUAAUUCAGGAGGACAAACUUCAGAGGUCUUCGGAAUUCUCCAAGAUAUCACUCAUCUAGCUCUCUCUUUCACAGAGAUAGUUUUCGUUUCAAUUUCUAGAGAGAACAACGUUGUAGCUGACGUUUUGGCAAAACAUUCACUCCGUGACUUUUUGGUAGUUGCGGGGUUAAACAGAAGUUAA